AUGUUGUACUAUGGUGAUGCUGAUAUGGUAUGCAAUUUCUUACUGGGACAAAAAUUUGCACGUAAUCUUGGUUUAAAGGUUGUUGCUCCCAAGAAGCCAUUUUAUGUUAAUGGACAACUCGGAGGGUUCCAUACAAACUAUGGCAAUCUUCAUUACGUAGUAGUCAAGGGCGCCGGUCAUAUGGUCCCAACAGACAAGCCAGCCGUUGCUUACCACAUUCUCGAUUCGUUCAUGUUCGACAAG